CCCGUGUCGCUGCAGUGUUGCGCUUUCCUGUUUACGGGCGGGAAGAGCGAACAUAGCUGAGUGUGGAAGCUACUGUGUUUAAAUUGGAAGCACAUUUGUUUUAAUUCCCUUUGAUUCUGAUGGUUUGCACGUUUUAAUGAUUCGCGGGGGAUUGCGAGGUCUAGUGGGUACGUUUUAAGUGGACUGUUGUUAAAAACUAAAAGGAUUUUUGGAGAGUGCGAGGCAGAUGGAGGAUCCUCCUGCAGAUUCUGGCGGUGGUGGCGGCGGUGCAGCAGCGGAGGGCCCCGCGGUGCAGGUGGCAGAUAUCUGCUGGCCGACCGGGGCUAUCCCGCUACGGCUUCUGGAGUGGAAGGUCAAACCCGGGUCUCUUGUUAACGUGGACUCCGUGUUGGCACUGUGUGCUCCCAUACCCCAGGAGAAGGGGGCAGAGGCUGCCAGGCUGCCAGAGAAGAAGGUGAAAUCGGACCGUGCUGGAGUAGUGAAGGAGCUAUGCUGUCAACUUGGACAAGUCAUACCUCCCGGGGGUGUCAUUGUCAGAAUAGAAGAAUGCAGCCACCCGAUAGUGAUGAAGGGUUUAUGUGCUGAAUGUGGCCAGGACCUGACUCAGCUGCAGAGCACAAAUGGGAACCAGCAAACUCCCAUCUCCACAGCAACAGUCUCCAUGGUGCACAGUGUCCCCGAGCUGAUGGUCAGCUCAGAGCAAGCAGAACAGCUGGGCAGAGAAGACCAGCAGAGACUCCACAGAAACAAAAAGCUGGUCCUGAUGGUAGAUCUGGACCAGACCCUGAUCCACACCACUGAACAGCACUGCCAGCGGAUGUCCAAUAAGGGCAUUUUCCAUUUCCAGCUCGGGCGUGGAGAGCCCAUGCUCCACACACGACUACGCCCGCAUUGUAAGGAAUUCCUGGAGAAAAUUGCCAAACUCUAUGAGUUACACGUCUUCACGUUCGGGAGCCGCCUUUAUGCACACACCAUAGCUGGCUUCCUGGAUCCUGAAAAGAAGCUUUUCUCUCAUCGGAUCCUUUCUAGAGAUGAAUGCAUCGAUCCUUUCUCCAAGACGGGGAAUCUUAGGAACCUUUUCCCUUGUGGGGAUUCGAUGGUCUGCAUAAUCGAUGACCGAGAGGACGUGUGGAAGUUUGCACCUAACCUCAUCACUGUGAAGAAAUACAUUUACUUCCAAGGCACAGGGGACAUCAAUGCUCCCCCCGGAUCACGGGAAGCUCAGAUGGCCAGGAAAGCAGCAGGCCCCUCAAGUCGGCCGGCAGACAGCACAGAAUCAGCAGGGACACCUGGUGCAGAAGAGCAAAAUAAUGGCCUCAGGAAAAGGGCGAGGGACCACAACGUUUCCGGAAAGGAUGAGCCCACAACAUCUCAGUCUUCUCAGGGAGUACCAACAAAUGAACGGACUCAUCCCACAGGGGUUUCGGAGGAUGAAUCAGGACAGAGUAAAGAGUCAGUGACUGAGGUGGUGCCUGGGGCGGGGUCAAGAGAAACUCGGGAGGGGGAUAGAACAAAUGUAAAGGAGGAUGAUAGCAACAGGACGCAAGAGGCGCAGGAAGGUGUAAACUCAUCAGCGCCCAGCCAUGAGUCCAAUAACUUGGACUUUGACCUUUCCAGUGACAGUGACAAUGACUCCAUUACAGAAAAGCCUCCUUCAUCAGAGGACGAUAGUGAAGGCAAUCCUGGACAAGCAAAGAAGGAGGGUGUUACGCAAGAGCCCAGUGAUAGGGAAGGGGCGAGGAUAGGGGACAGUAAAUGUCGGGGGGAAGGAGAAAACAGCUCAGAUGCAGCAGAACCUUCAGGAGUUCUUCUCCCAGACCCCGAGCUGGGAAAUGGCUGCUCAGAUAGGAGAGAGCCAGAAACAGAGUCUCAGAAUAGUGAACAAUCUGGGGUCACCAUGGGGGAGGAGCUGCUGGACCAGAGCAUGGAGGAGGAGGAGGAGGAGGAAGAAGAGGAAGCUGAUAAUGACCAGGACGACCACCUGAUCUACCUGGAGGAAGUGCUAGAAAGGAUUCACGGCGAGUACUAUGCCCGCUACGAGGCCUUCCUGAAGAAGGAGGCCUCCGAGACGCCAGACAUCCGCAAGAUUGUCCCAGAGCUGAAAGGCAAGACACUGGAGGGCACAAUGAUAGUGUUCAGUGGUCUGUACCCGACCAACUACCCCAUGGAGAGGACUCGUGAGUACUACCAUGCCAAGGCACUGGGGGCCAAGAUCGGCAAGAAUCUGGUUCUCAGCUCCCUAGAACCCAGUCGGACGACACAUCUCAUCGCAGCACGAGCUGGCACCGAGAAGGUUCGUCAGGGACAGGGCUGCAAGCACCUCUAUGUCGUCAACCCCGACUGGCUGUGGAGCUGUCUGGAGCGCUGGGAGAGGGUGGAGGAGCAGCUGUACCCGCUAAAGGAGGACUACUCCAAGACGCCACGGAGCAACAGUCCAGCAGCUUUCCCUGACAAUCAGAGCUCCCUGCAUAAGCCUAUUUUCCACCCAGCUCCCAUCCACCACAGACCUCCACCUCCAGCCCCAGAGGUCCGGACCUACGACCCCGUCACAGGGAAGCUGAUCCGCAGGGGCCCUCAGGUGUCACGGCCACCGCCCUAUCUCCAGGCAUCAGGGUCUUUGUUGCUCUCUGAUCACAGAGAGCAGUCUUGUCUCAGGGGAACUUCAAAGACUCAGCAGGAUGACGCGGCGGGGUCCAGCCAAGACGACGAGCAGCCGGGACCAUCGCGUCGGAAACGACAGCCGAGCAUGUCAGAAACUAUGCCUCUAUACACACUGUGCAAGGAGGAUCUGGAGAGCAUGGACAAAGAGGUGGACGACAUCUUGGGUGAAGAGAGCGACAACGAGAGUGAAGGGCGAGGAAAGGAGAAGCCAGGCAAUGAGGAGGCGGAAGAUGAAGAGGAGGAGCGGCGGCGGCGGCAGCAGCAGCAGCAGCAUCAGCACCAGCAGCAGCAGCGGCGGCAGCAGCAGCAGCCAGGAGCUGGACAGAUAGCAGCAGCAGGAGGACUCGGUCCUCAGGCGCUGAGCAUGGAAGAGAGGCUUCACACACCAGCCAGCGAGGCCAGUCUGCCAAGUUGUGUGCUAAGGGGCCACAAACGUAAGCACGAGGAAGCCAAGGAGGAGGAGGACGAGGAGGAGGUGGAGAAUAAGCAGUCUGCUGACGAGUCCUCCAAAGACUCCAACGAGGAAGAGGAAGGCAGCAGCUCAGAGGCGGACGAGAUGGCCGCCGCCUUGGAGGCAGAGCUCAAUGACUUUAUGUGACGUGGAACCGUCACAGGAAAAGGACAACAACAACAACAAAAAAAUCCAACUCCAGUCGUCCCCACGAGUGGUAUCUAAAAAAUUAUUUUUCUGCUUUGGAAUCGGUGUGUACUUAGGAUGUAUGAGCCAUGAAUGUGUGCUGUAAUAAAAAUGAAUGUCCUGUACAGAAAUUACAUGUUGCUGUGUAAAUAAAGGCUUAGAUUUUUCUAGCAUUGAUAUAUAGCCUUUUUGGCAUAAAACACUUUGAUGUUAAAAUUUUAUUGUAAGACAACAAACUGAAGGAGACAUUGAAAUUUGAUACUUUUCUUUUUUGUUUUACUGUUUUCUAUUUCAAUUUUUAUAUUCAUGAGAAAAAGAAAUGAAAUUAUAAAGCGUAAAUUUUGCCGGUCGUAAAUGCCAAAGACUUUGGAAUAGGUUUGCCAAGGCGUGCAGCUAAAUGUUUUACUCUUGACUUCCAGUUUUAUUUUUCUUUUGGCCUCCUCAACAGUUUUUUUAGGGUCAUAAAUGCAACCAGCGGAUCUAGACGUAUGAAUGUGUUUCCUCGAGUUGUUUCUUCCUCCUCCGUGUACAUUUGAAGACAUAAUGGUAAGCUAACUAUCUUUUUGUGAUUACCACACCCUUGGUGCAUUGUCACUGUAAACUGAAUCCAACUAGUAUAUUUUCAUUUUCAUUGAUUGUACAAUGUUGUUCAAUUCAGAAGGAUAAACACUCCUACCAGGCCUCUGCUUAUCCUGAAGCCUUUUUAAGGGUAAGUUCAUCCAAAAAAGAAUAUGAAAUCAUAUUUUAUCACUUACCUUUUGAUAUAUAGAAAUUUUCUACACAUUUUCUAUAAAUGUUUGCAUUUGGUUUAGAGGUACAUACACACCGUUUAUGAGUGUUUGCUCAAUUUUGGAAUCCAUUCGCGAUCAUUUUCAGGCCGACAUAGGCCAAUUCCAUUUGUGGUGCUCCCAGCAUUAAAAACAAGAGUAUCAUCUUUCUCCAAAAUGACCGUCCAUGUUGAUCUGGCUAAUUGAUAAUAAAUGCUAUUAGCUUAUUUUUUUAUAGAAACCAAUUAAUCAACCGAAGGGAUUCUGGAGACAGAUGUGAUUCUUGAAUUUUAUUAUGUUGUUUUUAAAUGAUGGCAACACCAACAAACAAAAUACCAGUCACAUUCACAGGAUUGGGGUGGCAGCAGAAUCUCAAAGAUCUUGAAACCCAAAACUGUUUGAAUGGCUAGAUAGCACUGGGGGUAAGUGAAAAAAUAUGUUUGUGGUAAUUUGGUUGAACAAACAAGUCUAGAUGUGCAUACGGUACAAAAAUGUUUAAAUUUGCAAUUUUGAUGAUGAAGUAAAAGUGAUAAAAGAGAAAGCAGGACUCACCAGCAUAUCAUCCCCUUGGUGUCCUCCACAGACCAGCCAAUACAGUGUGACUGCACUUUACUGACAUCACACAUUACAGGAUUUCUGGGUGUUGAAGACCAACUGCUUCCAUCUCUCAUCAUUUUCGGAGAAAAAAAACCAUCAUGCAAAGUUGCCAAGUGCGACUCUUAACGGAGUGUACAGUAUGUUGUACCAAGGUUGCUUACAUUCACUGUUAAUGUUUGGCGUCUGUGUAGAGUCAAACCCAUAGCACUGAGUCUGUUUUUGUCUCAUUCAUUGAAAUAUAUUUCCUCUGCAUUUAGGUUAUAGAAAUAAAAAAAAAAAAUUGUAAUUACUGUCCUAAGGCAGCAGGGCAGAUGUGUGUUUGGAUCUCUGUCCAGUAAAUGUUUUACCCUUGACUUCUUUUCACUUCAUACCUGACGGACUUCUUUCUACAGUGUCAGUCAUCCCAUUUUGUUUGUGUCGACAGUGUUUCCACCUUGAGUUCCAAUCGAAACAACUGACGUGUAACGUAUUUGUAAAUUUCGUACUUGACCCUGAGAGAAAAGAUACUUUCAUUGAAUAAAGAUGUUUCUAAGUAACACAACAGAA